UCUUUGUUUUUAUUGAUGUGGUCUUAACGGUUGUGACACAGACAGGGGAUUCGCUGUCAAGAGGGUGGAUGCCUAGAGAUGGAAAUGACCUAGAGGCCUUACAGAUACAUUUGUGCUUUUGUCGCUCUAAUCUGCAUCCGCGGAGAGCAGCGAGACCUGGGAGCACACUUGUUUUCGCAGUGAGUAAUAUCUACCUCAGCCAGCAUACAGGGGAGAAUCCAGGCAGCUGCUGGAGACUUCAGACAGACAGACGGAGCUAUCAGCUGGCCAUUCGCUCACUGCCUGCAGAGUUCUGCUUUGUGAAGAGGAUUUGAGACGGACUGGAUCCGUCUGCCCUUCACCUCCCACAGCUCAUCUACCAGCUUGUUUUGGAGCUGGAAACCGAGAAUCUGGAGGUGUGUCUGUGCUGUUUCAUAAGCUGGGCCUGACAUAUCUGCAGCAGGGCUGCAUUCAAGCAUUUCACUCAGCUUGCCAGUCUUUUUGAUUGCCCUUCGACCUCUCCCAAUUCUGCCCUGCCUCUCUACAAGGCAUACUGAGAUGAGCCUCUGGCAGGUGGGAUCCUUGAGCUGUCUUUUUAUGUAACUUGAACAGUUCCAGGACUGUGGACAGGGUUUUUUUUUUUUGUAAAGAGGACAAGGGCACUUUGUGUGAGGAAAUCGAACUAAAAACAGAUCCUUCCGGUGCUGUUGCACCACUUAUGUAUUGUUGUAGUGCGCAGGAAAGUAAAAUGGACUACAAGCGUCGCUUUUUGCUCGGCGGGUCCAAGCAGAAAGUGCAACAGCACCAGCAGUACCAGAUGCCUGAGCUGAGCCGGUCCUUGAGCGCCUCCCUGGCCUCCUCUUGCUCUGCCUCUUCGCCCAUGGGCACCGGGGUUGGCAUGCCUGGCAGCUGCCACCCACCUCCUUCCGGCACCACCACCGCAGUUGCAGACAUCCAGCAAGGCAUCUCCAAAUAUUUGGAUGCCCUCAAUGUGUUCUGCCGGGCCAGCGCCUUCCUCACAGACCUGUUCAGCAGUGUGUUCAGGAACUCUCACUAUUCCAAAGCAGCUAUGCAACUGAAGGACGUGCAGGAACACGUUAUGGAGGCGGCCAGCAGGCUGACUGCAGCAAUAAAGCCUGAAAUCGCCAAGAUGUUGAUGGAGCUGAGUGCCGGGGCCGCCAACUUCAAAGACCAGAACGACUUCAGCCUGCAGGAUGUUGAGGUGCUGGGUCGAUGCUUCCUCACGGUGAUGCAGGUCCAUUUCCAGUUUCUAUCACAGGCUUUGCAGAAGGUCCAGCCCGUGGCUCAGUCCUGCCUGGCAGAGGCUCUUGCCCAGGCCCAGGAGCGUUGCACCAACACCCGCUCCCAAAGCUCCGACCUCAGACCCCUCACAGAGCUGGAGGAAGCCUCCCGCUCAUGGAAAGGUGCAGCUCAGGCCAUGGCGAGGCUGAGAGAGAGGGGCCGGGACGGCUGCCUGGCAGGCAUCCAGGUUCAGCAGCUCUUCUGCUCCAACAACACCACCAUCCCGGAGCACCAGCUGAAAGAGCUCAACAUGAAGAUUGACAAUGCUUUACAGGCCUACAAAGCGGCACUAGAAAGCCUUGGCCAUAGUGAGUACGCACUGAAGGCUGGCUUUCAUCUUAACCCCAAAGCUGUGGAGGCAGCCUUACAGAGCUGCUGCAGUGAGGCGGAGGCUCAGCAGGCAGGCAGGAUGCAGACCACCUCACAGCCAAUCCAGUGCGAGCUGCCCACCAUCCCUGUACAGAUUGGCUCACAUUUCCUCAAAGGAGUGUCCUUUAACGAGUCAGCGGCUGAAAACCUUAAACUGAAAACGCACACAAUGCUGCAGCUCAUUAAGGAGGCAUUAGGCCAGAACGGAGUGACCCCCAGGGACGACUCUCCCGUCACCGAGGUCCUCAACCAAGUGUGCCCAUCCAGUUGGAGAGGAGCCUGCAAGACCGCUGUCCAGCUGCUGUUUGCGCAGGCUGGUCUGGUGGUUGUUGAUACAGCUCAGAUUGAGAACAAGGAGGCCUAUGCUCCCCAAAUCACUCUUGAGGGUUCCAAAGUGGUGGUCCAGGUUCCUUCUACAUGGUGUCUGAAGGAGGACCCAGCCACUAUGUCCUUGCUCCAGCGGAGCUUGGAUCCGGAGAAGACACUUGGCCUAGUAGACGUGCUCUAUACAGCAGUGUUUGACAUCAACAGGUGGAAGGAGAGAAAAGAGCAAGCCUUGCCCACUAUUCAGAUGCAGCUCCAGCGGGAGAUCCCAGACUAUAGCGGCCAGGCAGACCUGCCUCUAGGCACCAGCUCCAAGACCUCCAGUGGACUGCCCAAAACAAUAUCCAAGCUGACUUCCAAGUUCACCAAGAAGGUCUCAUCCAGCUCAAAUAGUGGGGGCAGUUACUCCAUCCCUAGCACCCCGUCUCGCAGCAUGCUAACAACCAGUAGCUCUGAGGAUAAGGCCAAGAGCCUGGGCCACAGCGACGGGAGGCUACAGAGCAUCUUGCAGAUGAGCAGCCUGUCAUGCACCCCUGACUCUACUCAACCAAGCCAGCUGCCCAACGGCUUAGUGUCCGAGGACCAGGGGAUGAACCUGCCGACUGACCAAGAGAUGCAGGAUGUCAUCGACUUUCUCUCAGGAUUCAACAUGGGAAAAUCCCAACAGGCUUCGCCCCUGGUCAAGAGGAGAAACUCCGUGGCAUCUGCAAACCCCGCUGACCUGAAGCCCCCGAGUGGACCUCCGCCAACCUCCCAAUCUAUCUCUCACAGUGCCCUACAGCCCCAAGCUCAGACCCUGUCCCAGCCUCCACCAUCAGUGCAGAAGCAGCAGUCACAACCACAGCCACCUCCUCCUCAGCAACAGCAGCAGCCCCCUCCUCAGCAACCCUCCCCACAGGCCCUGCAGUACUACCAGCACCUCCUGCAGCCCAUCAGUCAGCAGCAGCCACCACCUCCUCAGCAGACCCCACCUCAGGUCCUUUCGCAGCAAAGAGUGGCAAGCAAGUGGCUCGGUACCUCCGGGCAACAGCCUCAACCGCAAGGCCCCCCAGCAGGACUGUCACCCCUGGGUCCAAUUGGGCAGUGGGGCUCUCCUGGACUGCCAGAUCUGAGCUCGGAUCUGUACAGUCUGGGCCUGGUCAGCACCUACAUGGACAGUGUCAUGUCAGAAAUGUUGGGUCAGAAGCCGCAGGGGCCCCGCAACAACACUUGGCCCAACAGGGACCAGAGUGAAGGAGUGUUUGGAGUCCUGGGAGACACGCUGCCUUUCGACCCGGCAGUUGGCUCUGACCCGGAGUUUGCACGUUACGUUGCUGGCGUCAGUCAGGCCAUGCAACAGAAACGGCAGGUGCAGCACAUCCGUCGCCCUAGCAACACACGCAGCAACUGGCCAAUGCCUGAAGAGCAGCACAGGACCUGGUCCCACCCAGAGUACUACAGUGAGGGGGAGGCCGUAAACAGCAGCUGGUCAGCCAAUCAGGGUGACUCGGCCAGCUCCAGCGACGAGACGUCUUCGGCCAAUGGUGACAGUCUGUUCUCCAUGUUUUCUGGGCCGGACCUUGUAGCGGCAGUUAAACAGAGGAGGAAACACAGCUGUGGUGAGCCGGAGGUGUGCACCCUGCCCUCACCACCACUUCAUCACAUGUGCGACGAUAACCAGGACAGCAAAACUAAAACCUGGCCUCCCAAAGCGCCAUGGCAGCACUCCACCCACACCAACACCAUGCCCAAUCCCAGCUCUUCCUUGUACCAGAUGAACAUCCCCCCUUCCUCCCAGUGGAGUGACUCCAUGCAGAUGCUGCAGUCUCCUGUGUGGUCCACAGCCAGCGACUGCUCCCCUUCCACCGGCAUCUCCUCUGGUUUUCCCUUCACCCAGCAGCAACAGCAACAGCAGCAGCAGCAGCAGCAACACAAACCCAUGACCAAGGGCUUUAAAUCCUUCCCCCUCAAACAUGAGCACAGGCCCUCCUACCUUCACCAGUACUGAUCAGUCUAAUGUCGGUGAAGUGCCACCGAGAGCCUGUAGCUUUGCGAGAUGAGCCACUGAGUGGGCCGAGCUGCAACCAUUACAGUCCACACCCACUGAAUUGGAAGAUUUCAAAGCCUCAGAGGCAAAAUUAAGUAUACACACUGGCUCAACAUUUUUGUACCUAUAUUUUUCCAUGUCAAACAUCCCCAUUUGAAAAAGAGACAUAUUUUGAAGUUUUUUAACGACAGGUGCAUGUGUCAUGCGGGCAGCAGUUAGUCUUGUGGUCGUUUCUCUGUCUGUCGAGCUGACGUCUCCUCAGACAAGAGCUGGAGACGUGCACGGCCGUCACCCACUUGCUUCUGCAGCUGAAUGUGUGUGUAAAUGAGGGGAUUUCAAGAGGGCAAGGGCUUGAAAUGCUCUCAUUUGGCCCAUAAUAAAUAUACUGUGUCUACAUAGCUGUAACUGCCCAAUCUCACGCAAGAUGACUCAGAAUACAGCUACCAUUUACUGUUUCAUAGCUUGUAAAAUACUGAAGUUGAUAUAUAAAUAUUUAGUUCUUUUUAUUAAGAGGCUUUGAGCAGGCUCAGCAUAAAUAUAGUAAGUCACUGCAGAGGUGUAAUUUGAGAGAAAUACACUACUUUUUCAAACAACUGACCAGAGUUAAGAAUUAUAGCAGUAACUAUGUGCCAUGUUGGUAUUGAUAGCACUUGCAGAAUAUUAUUCUCAACCAAAGCGUUGUUCAGAAGUUGAAUGGUGCUGAAGAGAUAAGAGGCGAUCUGAGAUUAUUGAUAAACAGUGAAGUUGCACACCCUAUUGGAUGAGAGCAUUAGGGAACAUCUUCACACCCAGAAGCGCAGUCAUUUCCUCCUCUCUAAUUGGCAGUUGUUUGCUCCAGAUUGACACUAACUCCCAUAAACCUAACUUUAGUUCCGUUUAAUACAAUAUUUUUCUUGUACAAUUAUUGACAGUAUUAAUCUUAUUUUUGUAUUUUCUUACAUGUUAUACCAUUACUGUAUGUUAGUAUUCUUGUAGGCAUAUAACAUAAAACAUUAUUUUCCACCUCCCAAUAUGUGAAAAAGCACAUUUCUUUCCUACAGAGUUGAACUACACCAUCUAUCUAUAAAAGUUACCAAAUAUGCCAUGCUAAACACUAAAACAUUGUGUGUUUUAGGGUGUUUUUGAGCCCUUGUUUCUUCGGUUUCUAUGGCAAUGGGCUGUAUUUAAAAAGCCCAGAAUGUUAUCUUUUUGUGAUGUUUGCGGAUGCCAAUGUUGCCUGUAUUUAUGAAAUGACACCAUGUUUUCAGAAAACUAACAUACUUAACAUGUUUACAGAGAAUUGUUUGCUGUAUAUACAUAUAAAUAUAUAUCUUUUUAUAGUUAAUGUGCUUUGCACAAUCAAGAUAUAGGGUUUGUUGCUUUUUGUCUGUGUUAUCUCCCUAACUGUUGCAGCCUUUUUUAAAGACAUCAUUACAGACCUUGGACUGUAACUGUUAGCUUCUGAGCUGUGUCAAAUGGUUUACUAGUGGCUUCUACAAAAUAAAAAAAUGAAUAAAAAAAACACGUUGCCCUGAUAGAAGAUAUGAAGGGGGACUGCUUGGCUUAUUGUUCUCUUGAGCUGGCAACUGAAACUUUCCAAGUGUACCAGCAAUGCAAAAAAAUGAAUAAAAAUGACUAGCAAUUCAAAA